ACGAUUUACACAAAGCAUUUAAGAAUGAAGAUUUAAAUAAGAUAAUUGAAGAGAUCUUGAAAAAAGGAGAACUUCAAGUUAGCGAUAAAGAACGGUCACACCAAAUUGACAACACUUACCGUGAAAUUGCUACGAUUGUUGCAGAAAAAUGUGUAAAUCCAGAGACCAAGCGACCUUAUACGGUUACUAUGAUUGAAAAAGCGAUGGGAGAAAUACAUUUUUCAGUAAAUGUGAACAAAAGCACUAAAUCACAGGCAUUAGAAGUGAUCAAGCAGCUUCAAGAGAAAAAGGCUAUUCCUAUUGCACGUGCUCAAAUGCGUUUAAGAGUCAUAAUGCCAAAUUCUAAAGAAGCCAAAAAAGUUAAGGAAAGACUGACACCUCUGAUUACACAAAUCGAGGAUGAAAAUUGGGGCAAUGAAUGUGAAUUGAUAUUCUUGAUCGAUCCUGGACAGUAUCGAGUGAUUGUUGAGAUACUGGAAAAAGAUACAAAAGGAAGAGGACAAAUAGAGUUAUUAUCUUUAAACGAUACAA